UGCGGCAGCCGUCUCCACUGAGUGUGUGUGUGUGAGUGUAUGUAAGGAUGCUCCUCGGGGUGUGAGGUGUUCAGGAGCUGUUCCAGCUGAGCCAGGAGGACAGGAGGACAGGAGGACAGAUCGAAGCAGGUUUCAGUGUUUGUUCCUCCACCAGUUUUGGGGUAGAAUGGAGAACGGAUCUGGUACUGUUGUGUUAAACAGACAGCGUUCUGGGGGAACAGAAGAAUCCCAGCCGAGAGAGACGAUGAAGCUGAAGAAGGAGAUCUCACUUCUGAAUGGCAUCAGCCUCAUUGUGGGAAACAUGAUUGGCUCGGGGAUUUUCGUGUCUCCAAAAGGCGUGCUUAUGUACAGCGCCUCCUAUGGGCUGUCGCUGGUCAUCUGGACCAUUGGGGGAAUCUUCUCUGUGAUCGGUGCUCUGUGUUACGCUGAACUGGGAACCACCAUCACCAAGUCAGGUGCCAGCUACGCCUAUAUCCUUGAGUCGUUCGGAGGCUUUCUGGCAUUUAUUCGGCUCUGGACGUCGCUCCUCAUCAUCGAGCCCACCAGCCAGGCCGUCAUCGCCAUCACCUUUGCCAACUACCUAGUGCAGCCGCUGUUCCCAACCUGCGAGCCGCCAUACUCUGCCUCUCGCCUCAUCGCUGCUGCCUGCAUCUGUUUAUUGACCUUCAUUAAUGCUGCAUAUGUGAAAUGGGGCACCAGAGUGCAGGAUGUCUUCACCUAUGCCAAAGUUCUGGCCCUUAUUGUCAUAAUCAUCACAGGCUUGGUAAAGCUCUGUCAGGGUCGUACAGAAAACUUUGAGGGUUUUUUCCAGGGGUCGUCUCAUGACCCAGGGGGAAUUGCCCUGGCCCUGUACUCUGCCCUGUUCUCCUACUCAGGCUGGGACACCCUGAACUUUGUCACUGAGGAAAUCAAGAACCCAGAAAGGAAUCUUCCUCUGGCCAUUGCUGUGUCCAUGCCCAUCGUCACAGUCAUCUAUAUCCUGACCAAUGUGGCCUACUAUGCCGUGCUGGAUAUGAGCUCCAUCCUUGCAAGCGAUGCCGUGGCCGUGACAUUUGCUGAUCACACUUUAGGUGUAAUGAGCUGGACCAUCCCCAUUGCUGUGGCUCUGUCUUGCUAUGGUGGACUCAAUUCCUCCAUCAUUGCAGCAUCCAGGCUUUUCUUCGUCGGAUCGCGGGAAGGUCAUCUCCCUGACGCUUUAUCGAUGAUCCAUGUGCAGAGGUUCACGCCCGUCCCUGCGCUCCUGUUCAAUUGUGCCAUGGCUCUCAUCUACCUGACUGUGCAGGAUGUGUUCCAGCUGAUUAACUACUACAGCUUCAGCUACUGGUUCUUCGUCGGGUUGUCCAUUGCUGGACAGAUCUACCUGCGCUGGAAAGAUCCAGAGAGACCACGGCCUCUGAAGUUGUCCCUGGUGUAUCCCAUAGUGUUCUGCUUGUGUACGGUGUUCCUGGUAGCCGUACCCCUCUACAGCGACACGCUCAACUCCCUUAUUGGCAUCGCCAUCGCACUCUCAGGCGUUCCUGUUUACUUCCUAGGUGUUCACCUCCCUGAGUCCAAACGGCCGCCGUUCAUCACAGCACUGCUGCGUUCUGUCACUCGAUUCACUCAGUUCACGUGUUUCUGUGUCCUCACUGAGAUGGACCCAGUGGAUUAAAUUCUCCAUUACAUCUAAAAGAACUGCUUCAUCAGUCUGUGUGCCUCUGAGUGAUCUGAAAACGCGCGCGCACACACACACACACACACACACACAGUGUUGGACACCCACAGCCAGGGUGAAAGAGUUUAGUCAUGUGACCCAGGGCACAUCCUCCUCUCAGGGACGAUUGUAAUGUGGCUUAUGCAGGACGUAAGCUGAUGGCUUUCCGAUCGUCUUCCUGAGUGUUAUUUAUCCAUCUGCUUGUUAGAAAUCUAACAGACUAUGAUUUCUGUCAGUGUCUAGAUUAUUUAUGUACUUUUAUUUCAGAUGGUUUGGAUUUUUAGUACAUCCCUUCUACAUUUAGAUAAUUUAUCUUUGGCAUGUGAAAAUAUCUCUACUGUAGUCAAAUUGAUCUGAUUUCCUGUUACAGUAAUAUCAUGUAUAAGAAUCAAACUGGUUUCAUUGAUUUAAUAUAAUUUAUAUUUAUUUCUAGCUGAAAUCUGUUCUUGGGCUGAUGGGAAAAUGAAAGCUUAAAAUAAUUUAAUAAUGCAAAAAUAAGGAUGUUAUAGAUAAAUUUGUCUAUACUGAAGAUAUUUUCACUGUUAUUCUUUGCUUAGGGAUUUGAUUUUAUUAUAAUUAGUUAUGUUUCUUGGAAUGAGAAACACAAUCACUUUUUUCUGAGCAGGUAUGUUUUUCACAGCAUCAUGUUAUCACUGAAACAUCUGGAAUGAACUGUUUAAUUUUAUUUGUGGAUAAGUUUCUGACUUCACUUCACUUUCUGUUUCAUUUCUACUCUGCUUUGUAUCAUCAGAAAUCUGAUGCACAGGUAUUUAUAUUUACAGAUUGUUUAUUUGCAUUGUAAUGUGGUUCUAAAAUUCUCUUCAGAAAGGCCUGAACAUUUGUCUGUAAUUUCACUAUUCUAUUUGAAUCCAUUUUAUUAAUUUCUACACUAUUUCACGACUGUACAGGAGAGAAUUAUAAAAUAUAUAAUGACCAACUAGGAACGAACGCUGGAUACUUUGAUUCAUAAUUUAGUAAACUGAUAUAAAAAUCAGGCUCUUACUCACUUUCAUAAAGUGCAGAUGAGAGAAAAGUUUUAUUUUUUUUUGUAGUGCAUUAAAUAAACUUUUCAGAGUU